GAUAAGAACCACGGGGACACACAAAAUCGUACAAGUAUCUGAAGAAGAACCAACAGAAAAUUAAAAAUCUUUACUUUGGAACACAUGGCAUCAGGGUUUUGAUCGGAGGACCUAAAAGUCUCGGCUUUUUUCGAAUUUUGUUGGUCGCCUUUUUAGGACAUGAAUCUCGCGGUGGCUAGUUUUAGCGGCAAUUUCGGCGUCUUGUCGAAAUGCAGCUCAUGUUGUAGUCUUCAGUUUCAGCCUUUUGUAGCUACUUCGAGUCUCAAUUUUGGGCAAACAGGAAUAUCUCGAAGGAAGAAGGAUCUGAAGCUUGAAAGAGUUUUCAGAAAGAGAGAUACUUUUGUUAGAGCGACGGAUACGCAAACAGAACCAGAAGACAAUAAUGAUGAGGAUAAUAAUGGUGAAGAAGGCAAAGAGAAUUCAGCUGAUGAUCCUCCUACACAAGUUCCUACUGAGUUGAAUUCUCAAUCAACAGUUGUGAAUGAAGCGCCUGGCAAUGAGGAGGACAACAUUUCUCAGGAUGGUGAUAAAUUAGAAAUUAGCAGCGGUUCUCCUCUUCCUGGUGUGAAUCCAUUACAAUUGGAUGAUUCCAUGAGACUCCCCAAGGAAACCAUUGAUAUUCUCAGGGGGGAAGUAUUCGGGUUUGAUACCUUCUUCGUAACAAGCCAAGAACCAUAUGAGGGUGGAGUAUUGUUCAAAGGAAAUCUAAGAGGUCAGCCUGCGAAAAGUUAUGAGAAAAUAAAGACGAGGAUGGAGAAUAAUUUUGGUGACCAGUACAAGCUUUUCCUCCUCACCAAUCCUGAGGAUGAUAAACCUGUGGCCGUUGUUGUUCCAAGAAGGUCCUUAGAACCCGAGACAACCGCUGUCCCUGAAUGGUUUGCUGCUGGUUCUUUUGGAUUGGUGGCAUUGUUUACAUUGUUCCUCCGUAAUGUGCCCGCCUUGCAAUCCGACUUACUAUCGGCAUUUGACAACCUUGAACUGUUGAAAGAUGGCUUACCGGGAGCUCUUGUCACAGCUCUUGUCCUUGGAGUACAUGAACUGGGACACAUUUUAGUUGCAAAUAGCUUAGGGAUAAAGCUUGGUGUUCCAUUCUUUGUUCCAAGUUGGCAGAUAGGCUCGUUCGGUGCUAUAACGAGAAUCAAAAAUAUCGUAGCCAAGCGAGAAGAUCUUUUGAAGCUUGCAGCUGCAGGACCUUUGGCUGGCUUUUCUCUAGGCUUGAUUCUGUUUCUUGUAGGGUUAUUCGUGCCUCCUAGUGACGGCAUUGGCGUUGUAGUUGACGCAUCAGUGUUUCAUGAAUCCUUCCUCGCUGGUGGUAUUGCAAAGCUCCUACUCGGUGAUGUACUGAAAGAAGGAACUUCAAUAUCUCUUAACCCACUUGUGAUCUGGGCAUGGGCUGGACUUCUCAUCAAUGGCAUUAACAGCAUCCCUGCGGGGGAGCUAGAUGGGGGCAAAAUAGCUUUCUCCAUUUGGGGUAGAAAGACGGCAACAAGGCUCACAGGUGCCUCCAUAGCGCUUUUGGGGUUAUCGGCGUUGUUCAGUGACGUUGCAUUCUACUGGGUGGUACUGAUAUUCUUCCUGCAGCGUGGACCGAUAGCCCCGCUGGCUGAAGAAAUAACAGCACCUGAUGAUAAGUAUGUGUCUCUAGGAAUCCUGGUUCUGUUUCUAUCCUUGCUAGUGUGUUUGCCUUACCCAUUUGCUUUCACUAGCGGUGAAGCCAUGAUGAUAGGCUUGUGAAAUGACACUCUUAUCAUUCAAACAGCACAAUAAAGAAAAUCAUCUCUUUUUGUUUUGGUCUCUC